AAGUCUCUCCGGGAGCGACAAGCACACUUGACCGAAGCACGCUCGCCACGGAAGGGUGCAGCAACGCCGUGUGCCCUCUCGAGUGCUCGCGAGUGACAAUUAAUAAACGCCGCGUCGCGCCGCGUCCAUCGUGCUUUUCCUCCUACUCCUCUUCGCACACAAGUUGGCCAGUCGACCCGUGACCACCACCGUGCGUACACCACAGAGAAUAGCGAGACGAUUUUUACCAUGACGAUUUCCUUUCCUUGAAAAAAGGAAAGAUUCGUGGAAUUUUAAGAUUUAAGAAAGUGUCAAACGAUGUGUCGGGGAUGGAUUGAUCGAUGAGAGUGCGAAACUAGAGAUUGAUCGAAGGGAUGGAACAAGAUAAACCAGAAUCGAAGAAGAAGAUUUGAAAAGAGGAAGGUGAAUCGAGAGAGAGAGUUUUAAAUACGAUUGUUUUCGGAAAAAGAAAAAUGUCGGAUAUCGUAGAGGACGACAAACGAAGCGAGGCUUCCCCAAAACCUUCCCAACUGACCCCGUUCAGCAUAGCUGACAUACUCAGCAGGAGAACUUCUUGCGCGGAGCGGCGAGCUUCAGAGUCGGAAGAGACGCAAGGUGCUCCGUCGUUCGCGAGGAAGACCCAUCAGGUGCGAGAGUACGACUGCACAUCCGAUAAUAUAGAGCACAGGGGAAGCCAGGAGGAUCGUAAUCAGAUGGCCAGAUUCUCGAGGCUACCUUCCCCGGAUCUGAGCGUGGCCCGAGAGCUGGACAUCCUUACGAGGAACCUGGUCCACGCCAAUAUCUCCAACUUCGGCACUAUACCGCAGUUGGCCCAGGGAACGUUCAAGCACCUCGAGAAUCUGGGGAACAUGGGUGGUUAUCAGCCGGUGAAGGACUCGAGGGAAGCUCUGCAGAGGCAGCAGGACGAGGCGUUGGACAUGAGCAAGAAUAAAUAUUUGGAGGACGGAGAGGAGGAUAUGUACGAGGCGCAGAAUCACGGGCAAAAUCUUCAGAGCAGGAAGAAACGGAGCAGAGCGGCGUUCUCUCAUGCGCAGGUUUACGAAUUGGAGAGAAGAUUCGCGGCCCAGAAAUAUUUGUCGGGCCCUGAACGGGCGGACCUAGCGCGGGGAUUGAAGCUGACCGAGACCCAGGUCAAGAUCUGGUUUCAAAACAGACGGUACAAGACCAAAAGACGGCAGCAACAGGAGCUAGGGGCUCUGGUUAAUUCCGGGAACGCGAGGCGCGUCGCGGUUCGAGUCCUCGUGCAUCCGGACGAGCAUCUGAGGGGAUUGCCACUUCGUGGUUCCGGCCAACUUCCCGGCCAAAUGUCAGCCCCGCAAAUUCAUCCGGCGAACAAAGCGCUCGGCGGUUUCCCAUACUACUGCCUCCCCUAUCAUCCCCUGCUCUGCCCGCCCCUCCACUCCACUCAUAUUCAGGUGCAAAACACUAUCGCGCCGGACCUGGAUCCGAGCCAAUUGGCCAAACUCAACGACGAGAAGUAAAUCGAAAAUUUUUCCCUGAUUACGGAUCGGAUCGAGAUAUUAAAGUAGUGUUCGGCUGGGAUUGUUCGAACGUUCUCUUGUUGUGUGUACAGGGUGUUAAUAAAAUUUGCGGACAACAUCUUUCGGAAUGGUUCGAUUCUAGAAACGAAAAUGAAUAUGUAAAAGACUCGAGGAUUAUUAAAAAUCAAAAAUUUUAGACUAAAUGGAAAUAUCGUUGGUGAAAACGAAGUGAAAAAAUCUAUUUUAGGUUUGUUCAAUAUUAUCUUGUUUAUUGAUUUAUUUCCUUUCACUGUAUUCGAUUGAAAG